GACAAGAUGUCUGGUCAGGUUUCUGAAGCAAAUCUAAGAUCCAAGAUGGAGCAGGGCAUGAAUAUGAAGGAUGAGGAGAAGCUUUACAAAAGAAAUGGGAUCCUCUACUCCACGAUCAUGAGCCCACCGGAGAACCUGGAUGCCUUGAAGGACCUGGAGGCCAGGGAGGAUGACGUCACGCUGGUGGCAUAUCCCAAAUGUGGUUGUAACUGGAUGGUGGGAGUGCUGAGGAAAAUUAUGACUACAUGUGGAUACACUCUCCCUCAAAUACCCCUGCUGCUCGAGUUCCACCCUCCAGAUGCACAGAAGGUUGUAGCCCAGAUGUCAUCAAGGCGGAUGCUUAUGACUCAUUUGCACCCUGAAGCUAUCCCUGUUUCAUUUAGGACCAAUAAAACAAAGAUGUUGGUGGUGUUUCGAAACCCCAAAGACACUCUUGUUUCUUAUUACCAUUUCACAAACAACAACCCGGUGUUGCCCAGUGCCAAGUCCUGGGACAAAUUCUUCUCUGAUUUCAUGUCUGGUGAAGUGGGCUGGGGUUCAUAUUUUGACCACGCCCUGGCCUGGGAGAAAAAUAUCGACAACCCAAACGUGUUGAUUGUGACAUAUGAGGAACUAAUUGAGAACCUGUUUGAGGGUGUAAAGAAAAUCGCAGCCUUCUUCAGCUUCACCCUGACGGAUGAACAGGCCAAGGUGAUCGCCGGAGAGAGCACAUUCACAGCCAUGCGCUCAAGCGCUGAAAAUUCUCAUGGAAAUUUUGCCAGCGUCAUUUUCCGAAAAGGUGUGGUAGGAGACUGGAAGAACCACUUCAGUGAGGCCCAGAGUAAACAGAUGGAUGAAGAGUUCAAGAAGAAACUAUCAGGAACCAAACUGGGAGCCAAGCUUAAAUACGAGCUGUACUGCCAGUAGUCUGAAACAUUAAACACUGUGAAAAUUACUUUAAUAGUUAAAUAAGUUGCAGCAAAAUACAGUAAUUUAUCAUAAAUAAUCAUUACAUUGCUACUAUUUGUUAGUGCUACCAACUUUGCUGGAGGAGGUUAUGGUUUCGCGUCAGUUUGUUUGUUGGUUUCAUUGUCUGUUCUCAAAACUCAAAAAGUAGUGAAUGGAUUUUGAUGAAAUUUGGAGGAAAGGUGGACUAUGGGCUAAGGAACAAUUGAUUAGAUUUUGAUGCAAAUCCAAGUUUGUAUGUGGAUCCAAGAUCUAGAUACAUAUGUGGAUCCUGGAUUUUUUUUGUCUUUUCCCAACGUAACUCAAAAAGUAGUGAACGGAUUUUGACGAAAAUUUGGAGGAAAAGUGAGCCAUGAGUAAAAGAACAAUUUAUUAGAUUUUGAUGCAAAUCCAGGUAUGUAUGUAGAUCCAAGAUCCAGAUAUGUUUGUGGAUCCAAGAUCUGGGUACAUAAGUGAAUCCAGGAUUUUUUUUUUUUUUGCUUCUUCCCAACGUAGUGAACAGAUUUUGAUGAAAUUUGGAGGAAAGUUGAACCAUGGGCCAAGGAACAAUUAAUUUGACUUUGAUGCAAAUCCAGAUAUGUGGAUCCAAGAUCCAGAUAUGUAUGUGGAUCAAAUAAUUUUUUUAAAAUUUAUUAUUGUGUGUGUGUGUGUGUGUGCGUGUGUGCGUGCGUGUUUUCCCAACAUAACUCAAAAAGUAGUGAAUGGAUUUUGAUGAAAUUUGGAGGAAAGGUGGGCCAUGGGUCAAGGAACAAUUUAUUAGAUUUUGAUGCAAAUCCAGAUAUGUAUGUGGAUCUAGGAUUUUUUUUUUUUUUUGCCUCUUCCCAAUGUACCUCAAAAAGUAGUGAACAGAUUUUAAUUAAAUUUGGAGGAAAGAUAAACCAUGGGUCAAGGAACAAUUCUUUAGAUUUUGAUGCAAAUCUAGAUAUGUAUGUAGAUCCAAGAUCCAGAUAAGUAUGUGGAUCCAGGAUUUUUUUUUGCCUUUUCCCAACAUAAUUCAAAAAGCAGUGAACAGAUAUGGAUGAAACUUGGUGUACAGCUUUAGCAUUGUCCUAGGUUCAAGUGACUUGAUCUUGAUGUUUAUAAUA